AUGUUGAGCACAGCACCUGCAGCAGAUGCCCCGCGCUUCGGCUUUGAAAGAAAGUUGAGCACUUCAAUCCAGCGUUUGCGAGCCAAUAGCAUUCAUCAUGAACGCUCCUUCGGAAUCAACGAGCCCUCCAAGUCCCAGCUCUAUCUCCAAAGACUAAAGGCAAUUAACCGCCGUGGUGGCCAUGAUCUGAACAACGAAGAGGCUCUCUUCUUUCUCUCAUUGCCUGACAAGAUUCGCCGUCUUCACUUCACCCCCGAGGAAAACAUCCUGAUGCGUGCCGCAUGCGAGUUGCAGCUCUCCAAGCAGCCUCGCCACGAGAGCGCCCGUCCACUUCCACUUAGAUCUUGGACCGACGGCGGCGCUUCCAGCAGCCACAGCUACGCCAGUUCGUCCUUCAGCCGCAACACCAUGGCUGGAACCGCUUCUGUUCCUUCGACGCCAAACACUUCUGAUGGUGGUUACCCUUCAGUGUUUAGCAGCCGCACCUCAUCCCGCCCACGCACAGAGUCAAUCGUAUCGUCUAAUUCCUCCGUUCGUCCUUUCAACCCACUGGGCUGCCACCCUCUCGGAAGUUCUCGUACCACCAUCAUGUCACAGAGUCCCUUCGAUUACACCAAAGCCGUUACAAAGGCUCCCGAUACCCCAAGCUCCACCACUAGACAGUACUUGGACCCUAAGACCAGGAUGAUGAUUCGUCAGUGUACCGCCUCUCCCGAAGCCUUCGAUGAAGUUCUCAACUUUGGAUACCAAACCGAAGAGGAUCCCUCUGCUUCAAGCUCCCCCACAACUUCGGACUAUCAACUCAACGAAGGCUUGAGCUCAUCGGAUGGCACGUCUGAUGAUGAGGACGACUACACGCUCGACACAGAUGACGAUGAUGAUGAGCCCUGGACUCCCGGCUACGAUGACUCCUUUGUCACUAACUGGGAAAUGCCUUCGCCCUAUUCUCCGGUUCAGCGUUUCGACAGCAGCUGCUUCCGCACCAAGCAACGCCCGAUGACUCUGCGUGUCACUCUGACCAAGCCCGAGAACAAAGUCCUGGACGACUCGCCUGUCUGUGCAUCUAAGCCAGGUCAGGACUACUACUCGAACCUCAGAGUUGAAGACCCUCUGGCACUCGAGCGACUCACCUUCUCUGACGAUGUCACUGGAAGAUACGGAGCUUUUGCCGUCACACCCACCAAGGACGCCAGCAAGAUGAAGAAGUUGUUGAAAAGAUUGACCUCACCUGCUUUCUGA